CGCGGGCGGGAGCGGCGGGGCGGCGCGCAUGCGCGGCGCGGGCCUAUAUACGCGCUUGGCGCCGGCGCCGGCCGAACGCGGCCGCCGCGGACACGGGCCCCACGCGCGCUAGGAUGUCCCGACGCAGCAGCCGCCUGCAGGCCAAGCAACGCACGCAGCCCGGAGCCCCGCACGACGCGCCCGCGCAGGCCAAGAAGCGCAGGACGCAGGAUGUCAAAAAGAGGAAAGAGGAGAAGCAGGAGCCGUCCAGGAAGCAGCAGUAUGAGAUCAGGAACUGCUGGCCACCUGUAUUGUCUGGCGGGAUCAGCCCUUGCAUCAUCAUUGAAACACCACACAAAGAAAUAGAGACCGGGGACUUCUCCAGGUUUACAAAUUACCGCUUCAAAAACCUUUUCAUUAACCCUUCGCCUCUGCCUGAGUUAAGCUGGGGGUGUUCCAAGGAGGUUUGGCUAAACAUGCUGAAAAAAGAGAGCAGAUAUGUUCAUGACAAGCAUUUUGAACUUCUUCACGCUGACUUAGAGCCACAGAUGAGGUCGAUCCUCCUAGACUGGCUGCUAGAGGUAUGUGAAGUAUACACACUUCAUAGGGAAACAUUUUAUCUUGCACAAGACUUUUUUGAUAGAUUUAUGUUGACACAAAAGGAUGUAAGUAAAAAUAUGCUUCAGCUCAUUGGAAUUACCUCAUUAUUCAUUGCUUCCAAACUUGAGGAAAUCUAUGCCCCUAAACUCCAAGAAUUUGCAUACGUCACGGAUGGGGCCUGCAGCGAGGAGGACAUCUUGAGGACAGAACUCAUGAUACUGAAGGCUUUAAAAUGGCAACUUUGUCCUGUCACAGUCAUCUCCUGGCUGAAUCUCUUCCUCCAAGUUGAUGCUCUUAAAGAUGCUCCUAAAGUGCUCCUACCUCAGUAUUCUCAAGAACAGUUCAUCCAGAUAGCGCAGCUCUUAGACCUAUGCAUCCUCGCCAUCGAUUCCUUAGAGUUCCAGUACAGAAUACUGGCUGCGGCGGCCCUGUGCCACUUUACCUCCAUUGACGUGGUUAAGAAAGCCUCAGGUUUGGAAUGGGACAACAUUUCAGAAUGUGUAGACUGGAUGGUGCCUUUUGCCAGCGUAAUAAAAAGUGCUAGUCCAGCAAAGCUCAAGAUAUUUAAGAAGAUUCCUAUGGAAGACAGACACAAUAUCCAGACUCAUACAAAUUUUCUGGCUAUGCUGGAUGAAGUCAACUAUGUGAGCACCUUCAGGAGGGAGGGCCAGUUGUCACCAGUAUGCAACGGAGGCAUCAUGACGCCACCAAAGAGCACCGAGAAGCCCCUGGGGAAGCCUUGAAGGACCAAAAGCGGGGCCAGAGUCAGGGAGCCUUGUAGGAAGGCCAUGCCGUGACUCUCCAGCCAGCUCACCGGUUCUCACUGCCGAGUUUCUAUUGAAAUACCCUUAAAAUUGGCACUAAAAGAAAUGAAGAAACUUAAUUGUUCCUAGCUUGGCUGUUCAAAGACAGCUGGACUUGUUUACAAAGAUGGCUUCAUUCCCAAGCCAGCUGGGCAGAAGCUGGUCACAAUUUAUGCCACAGCAAAAAAUUCUGGACCCAGUGUUACUGUGUUGAUCUGGAUAAACUAGGCAUUUGGUCUUUGAGAGUUUGGGACUGGGUAAGUGCUACCUCCACGGGUACACUGAGUGAUACAGUACUUUGAAUCUAGUUUUAAGAUUCUGAAAUUUAUACUUGAGUAGUGCAAUUUGAUUCUUAAAAAUAAAUUUUAAAAUUGUUUACAAAGGCCAAGUUUUGUAACAAGGUGACUAAUUUAUCUACAGCUACUAUAGAAAGCUGUUCUAAAACUUGAACCUUUACAAAUUGUGAAUUUUGUUUAUUUAGUUUAAUUGCCUUACCAUACAUUUUUAAUCAGUAAGGCUUAGAUGAACCUGGUGUUUAAACUGCUCUGAACAGGGAGAAUACCAAAGGAAUCAUAAAAUGCUACGGCUCCUACUUGGGGUUUAUUUGCAUAAUAAACCAUUUUGUAUAUCACAAUUUGGGUGAAAACUUAAGUACCCUAUACAUAUAUGUGUGUGUGUGUGUAAAUAUAUAUAUAUAUGGAAAAGUCACUUUAUUACUCUCAGAUAUCCCUAAGGAUCUUUUUCUUUUCCUUUAAAUUUAGUGUGACUAAGGCCUUAUUUAUGUCUUGCAAAACUCACGUGUCAAAGUGAUAAAGCUUCUAUUUUUCUUAAAGCAGAAGAGUAUUAAAUGUAUACUGACUCCUAGAAAUCUAUUUAUUAAAAGAACCUGACAUAAGAACUUGCUAAAUAUAUAGCUAUAUAUAUGAACUUGCUAUAUAUAUGAACUCCAGCCAUAAGUGGAUUUAAUUAGAAAAAAACUACUUUGAUGGCUAGUUUAUU